CUGAGGUUCCGGCCAUCCUCUUUGGUUGGCUGAAGUAUAGUUGGCCCAUGGGGUGAUCCAAAGAUUCAGUGCUUGAAAAAAAAGAGCCAGGAUGGAAACUUGGGUUGCCGCAUUAUCCAUCAUUCGGAGAUUGUCCUCGAUGCAGGGAUACUGUCAGGGAAAAAAAAAAAAUGUUUAAAAUGUGGCUACAAAUCCCGGACGAUCCGUCCUUUCCAGUGUCUCGAGUAUCCAACACCAUCAGAUACCUUUUAUCAGCUUAAGACAGUCCUCUUCUCUUAAUUCAGAAUACAAUCAAUCCAUUGCAAUGCCUUCCUUUACUGUCUUCAAGGGCCACCAGAAUGGCGACCCCGUCAAGAGCACCACUACAAAGCCGGAUGAGCUUACCGAGGACUAUGUCCUGCUUAAGGUAACAGCAUCUGGUCUUUGCGGAACAGACCUUCACUACAGACGCGCAGACAUCGUUCUCGGCCACGAGGGUGUCGGAGUGGUGGAACAAGUCGGCCCUAGCACGCGAUUCUUGAAGAAGGGUGACCGUGUCGGCUGGGGUUACGCCAUGGACAGCUGCGGCCAUUGUCUCGAGUGUCUGCAAGGAGCCGAGAAUUUCUGCCCCGACCGCGCGUUGUAUGGGGCGAAGAAUCUCGACCAGGGCAGCUUUGCCUCUCACGCCAUCUGGCGCGAGUCCUUCCUCCACAAGCUCCCCGACGCCCUCAGCGAUAUCGAUGCGGCUCCGUUGCAAUGCGCCGGCGCCACCGUGUACGGCGCCCUGAAGGACAUCCAGCCCAGCGAUACUGUCGGGAUCAUCGGGAUCGGUGGUCUCGGCCACUUGGCCAUCCAGUUUGCCGCGAAGAUGGGAUGCCGGGUGGUGGUUUUCUCGGGAUCGGAGCGCAAGCGCGAGGAGGCCAUGAGCCUCGGAGCCCACGAGUUCGUCGCGACCAAGGACGCCAAAGAGCUCCAGGUUUCGACCCCCAUCAAUCGACUCCUGGUUACCGCUGCCGUACCGCCCAACUGGGAUUUGCUCCUCCCGGUGCUGGCAAACCGCGCCGCGAUUUAUCCGCUCACUGCGAGCCGCGGAGCCUUCGAGAUCCCUUAUCUCUCCCUGAUUCUCCAGGGGAUUUCCGUCGUCGGGUCCCUGGUUGCGACUCGCGCCAUGCACCGACAGAUGUUGGAGUUUGCCGCCCUUCACCAGAUCAAGCCUAUUGUCGAGACAUUCCCCAUGACCGAAGAGAAGAUCAAGGAGGCAAUGGACAAGUUGGACCGCGGAGAGGUGUACUACCGGGCUGUCUUGAUUCCUCAGUAGGAAGUGCGUUUUGGAUUCGAACUUGGCAUUGUUCGGCGUUUAGAAUGUAA